AUGUGUCGCACAGUGCACGCCCUUCUCCAAACAGUAAUAUGUGGGGUGCAAAUGGUGGUAAGGGUCUUUAUGACCGUGCUACUGAUGAUAGAGAACGUCGUUAGAAUGGUCCUGCAGACUAUGUACAACUUCAUAUCCUUUAUGCUGCAGAUGAUAUCACUCAUACCGAUAUGUUGCGUGUUCUUAGUAACAGCAAGGCUCAAAUGCUUCGUGUGUGGUGGCGGUGGGCCGUGUCCAGUCAACAGGGGAGGAACAUGCGACUGCCUCAUGUCGUUUUUCGCUAUCCUCAUAAUUUUCUUUAUAUUCAGAGCCACUGGCGUGCUCGACAAGAUAUUCUAUUCGUUGGGCUAUGCUAGAGCUAAGCCGAUAGCACACACCAGAUAUGUGCCAACGCCUGGAGAUAUCACGGAAUGCUCCAGGAAUGAUACUGACUAUACACAACUGGAAUCGACUUCAACAACCGAACAAUUUGAACAAUAUAAUGAAGAAGUGAAAAAUUUAGAAGAGUUAAAUGAAACAACUUCAACAACAGAUAGCCCAGGAACACCGCUCGGAUGGAGUCAUUCCAACCAUAAUUGGACUACUGUAUAUUAUUACUUGGUUUGA